UGAGGGUGCCUAUUUAGAAUACGAAUAUUAAGCGCGACCGAGAUUAUCAAGAUGGGUUAGUGUCUCGCCAUCCCUCGCGUAAAAAAUUUCCUCUGACUCGCCACGACCCGGUCUCUUCCCCACAAAACAAAGCGCUACUCCAGCUCCAGCUUCUCCAACCACUCUCUCUCUCUUUCUCUCGGUGCGGGGAAGGAGCUGGGUUCUGUCGAGGUACGCACUUCGUCCGCUUGUUCUUGGUCUGGAUAUUUGAAUUCGCUGGAGUUGAAUGUUUUCCGGGUUCUGUUUCUUGCCUGCUUAAUCUGAUUGAAAAGCUCGCGGCUUUUUGGAUGCUCGGGCUUGAGUGACCGAAAGCUUUAUCUGGGUAUCCCAGUUUGUGUAUGCUCCGUUUUAAUAUCGCGGUUUUUGUGUGUCCUGUCGCCUUGUGAUCCGCUGGAUAUAUGCAUAGGAGUGUUCAGUAUGUCAAAACUCUGAAACUCCGGCCGUCGGAUCGGUUGACUUUCUGCACCUUCUUCUGUGUGCAUUGGCACUGUGGGGUUGUGAGGAUUUAUCCGGGGAGGAUUAGAAGGGGGUCUCCCGUGGGGCGUCUGUUGUUUCCGGGAAUUCUGACCUGGUGGUGGCGGCGGCGGCGGCUUGGAUUGUGGUCUUUCUGGUCCCAAGCUCUGUUUGGUGAGAUCUUGUGGAGUGGAUGGGUAUGGAUCCUCGCUUUAAUGGGUAUUCCGCUUCUGUGGCCGGGCUUUCAUUGGAUAAGCAAUCGUUGCCGUGGUUUGCGGAUCCGACUUUGGUUCCUGGAGACAAAUUGGAGACCAAUGGCUUCAGAGGAGGAGUUCAAUACGUUUCAUCCCCUGUGGCGACACAGAUUAGUGGAGCCCCGAGUGCCUCGAAUUCAUGUAUGACCCAGGAGGAGGAUUCGCCGGAAGAUUGCGACUUCUCUGAUGCGGUUUUGAGGUACAUAAGUGAGAUGCUUAUGGAAGAAGAUAUGGAGGAAAAGAAUUGUAUGCUUCAAGAGUCCUUGGACCUUCAAGCUGCUGAGAAAUCUCUUUAUGAGGCUAUCGGUAAGAAGUAUCCUCCUUCGCCUGAACCAGUCCCAAAUAAUACCUAUCUAAGUGGUGAGAGUCCCGAGGAUGACCUCUCUGUGAAUAGUUAUGGCUGUUUAAUGAAUAAUCCUCUGGUAUCACAUUCGUGUGAGAACACUUCCUUGCAUCAAGUGCCGAGUCUUUCAUUAUAUGGCCUUUCUCAGUCAUCUUAUGCAUCUUCCAAUAGUGGCGUCGGUGGUAUGGAUGGAUUUGUAGACUCCCCCGCUAGUGUUGCUCAGGGUCCUGAUUUCAGUGGUGAGAGUCAUUCCAUUUGGCAGUUUAAUAAGGGAGUUGAAGAAGCUAGUAAGUUUCUUCCUGGAGGUAACAGGUUUUUUGAUAAUGCGGUGUCAAAAGGGUCCUUAACUGAGUCGAAGGUAAGAUCUAGCAAGGUGGCAGCCAAGCUAGAGAGGAAGGAUCAUUGCGAGUGUUCUCCUAAUGGAUCGCGGGGGAGGAAGAAUCCCCACAGAGGGGAUGCCGAUCUUGAAGAAGAGAGGAGUAGCAAGCAAGCUGCCGUUUUCUCUGAAUCACCACUCCGAUCAGACAUGUUUGAUAAUGUGUUGAUUUGUGAUGAAGAUCAGGAUCACAUAACUGUACUUCAAGAAACCUUGCAGGAUGGGAGGGAUACGGUAAAUAUGUUGCGCAAUGGGCAAUCUAAGGGAUUAAAAGGUGGUAAAGGACGUGGGAGAAAACAAAAUGGGAAGAAGGAAGUCGUUGAUUUGAGAACUCUCUUGAUUAAUUGUGCACAAGCAGUUGCAGCUGAUGACCAUUUAAGCACAAGUGAGUUUUUGAAGCAGAUUAGGCAGCAUUCUUCUCCUUUUGGGGAUGGAAAUCAGAGAUUAGCUCACUGCCUUGCAGAUGCGCUUGAAGCUCGCCAGGCUGGCACGGGUAGCCAGAUCUAUAAAGGUCUCAUUAGCAAGAGAACUUCAGCUGCCAACAUUUUGAAAGCUUACCAUCUUUUCCUAGCUGCUUGCCCAUUUAGGAAGCUUUCUCACUUCACUGCAAACAGGACAAUUAGGAGUGUAGCAUCAGAUUCCAUGAGGGUCCACAUUAUUGAUUUUGGUAUUCUUUAUGGUUUUCAGUGGCCAACGCUUAUGCAACGGUUCUCAUCAAGACCUGGUGGACCCCCAAAAGUUCGGAUCACUGGGAUAGAUUUCCCCCAACCUGGCUUUCGGCCAGCGGAGCGAGUUGAGGAAACAGGUCGGAGAUUAGCAGCUUAUGCUGAGCUUUUCAAAGUCCCAUUUGAGUACAAUGCAAUAGCAAAGAAAUGGGAAACCAUUCAGGUUGAAGAACUCAAAAUUGACAAGGAUGAGUUACUUGUUGUUAACUGUAUAUAUCGCUCAAAAAACUUACUCGAUGAAUCGGUAGCAGCUGACAGUAUGAGAAAUAUGGUCAUUAAAUUGAUAAGAAGAAUCAAUCCAGAUGUUUUUAUCCACGGGAUUCUCAAUGGAUCUUACAAUGCACCCUUCUUUGUUACACGAUUUCGGGAGGCAUUGUUCCAUUUCUCUGCACUUUUUGAUAUGCUCGAAACUCUAGUUCCCCGUGAAAAUCGGGAGAGAAUGCUGAUCGAGAAAGAAAUGUUUGGUAGAGAGGCUUUAAAUGUCAUUGCUUGUGAGGGUUGGGAACGAGUUGAAAGGCCAGAGACAUACAAGCAGUGGCAAGUACGUAACCUGAGAGCUGGGUUUGUGCAGCAUCCUUUUGAUCGGGACAUCGUGAAGAUGGCAACAGAAAAAGUACAGUCAAGCUAUCACAAAGAUUUUAUGAUUGAUGAAUCUGGCCGGUGGCUAUUGCUAGGAUGGAAGGGCCGGAUCAUAUAUGCUCUCUCUGCUUGGAAACCUGCCUAGUUACUUUGCCAUCAAGGGUUUAAGAAUGGGGUUUGACAAUGUUGGGCACACAAGAGUAGAUGGAAUACCAAGGUAGAUGAUACAAUCUGGUGAGUUUGUUCAAUUUGCAUAACAGAAGAUGUAGAUUUAGAGGUCGAAGUCCUGCGGAAGAAGAUGGCGUAAAGGCAGAAUUUGUGCCUUGUGGUCUUCCACAGGAUCCAGUACAAAGAGUAAAGGAAACAAGUGAACAUAAUUCGCAAAUUUUAGAGCAUCUUCCCUGAAUAUGGACAUGCUCAUUCGCAAGUAGUUCGUGCAGUUGAUUCUAACCCGUCCCUGAAACGCUAUGGUGUUGCUAACAGCUUGGGUGCCAUCCUUUAGUUGGUCUGUAGCUUGAGGUGGGAAGCUCAACGGAGACUUAGGAGGAAAGGCGGUCACUGUGAUCUUGCGCAGAUGUCUCUGAUUUGUGCGGUGUAGAGUCUCAGCUGAUGAAUAUGAGCAGGCUUGGAAUUUCCCUUGUAUCCCGUCAUCAUGUUUUCAUGUAGAGUCCAAGGAUGGCACAUUGAUUCCAAGGGGAGACCCGCCUCUCUCUGUGAUGAUUUUCCUUUCUGGAAAAUUCGACGCUUCCAGUAGAAAGUGUAUGAAAUGAGUCGAGAAGAGAAAAAGGAAUUGGGCCUGGGGAGGGGAUAGAACACCGUUCGUGCAAUAUAAUAAUACGAAGCAAUCUGUUGAAAAGGGACUAAACCCAAGUCUUACGGGAGAAAUCCAAAAAGUACCCUCGAAGUGGCGGCCGUUUCUUGCACUUACCCCAAACUUGCCUUUAUUGAAAAAUUACCUCCUGAAUUCAAUCAGAUUGACUCCGUGAUCUCCUUA